GAGGACGGGGCUGUGGCCUGUGACAAUACUUCCAAACUUAGCGUUCCACAUACAGUGUCCGUGGAGAUCAGGAACUCCAGCUGUCGGGAACAGAGUUUUUACUACACAUCACACGUUCUGUAUUCUCUCUGAUUCACAAGGAUGGACAAGGACAGGAGUCACAGGACUGAGAGUAUAAUAAAUAUCACCCUGGAGAUCAUCUACCUGCUGACUGGGGAGGAUUACACAAUAGUGAAGAAGACAUCCAAUGAGUAUGAGACACCCAGCAGCCAUCUCCGUGUAUCAGGAAGACUGAGUAGAACCCAGAGCCCCAUCACGGUGCCUCCACCUCACUCACUGACACAUGAGAGACACAAUGAUCAGAAGAUCCUGGAACUCACCAACAAGAUCAUUCAGUUGCUGACUGGAGAUGUGACUGCUGGGAAUGGGGCAUUAUACAGUAACCCCGGGGGACGUGUCUGGGUGAUGACUGGAGAGGAGGGGGAGUAUAUAGAGGAACACGGGGGUCUGUACGAGGACGUGAUGAUGGAUAAUCACCGGCCCCUCACAUCACUUGAUGGGCCCAGUAACAGAGAUACCCCUGAGAGAUGUCCCCGUCCUCUGUAUUCCCAGGAUUGCACAGAGGAGAAUCACAGGAUUCCACAGGAGGAUCAGGUAGAACGUCUGUCUAAUACUAAAAUACCAGAUAUAGAGGGAGAAGAAGAGACGUAUGUGACUGAUAUAAAGGCAGAAGAUAUAGAGGGAGAAGAAGAGACGUAUGUGACUGAUAUAAAGGCAGAAGAUAUAGAGGGAGAAGAAGAGACGUAUGUGACUGAUAUAGAGGCAGAAGAUAUAGAGGGAGAAGAAGAGACGUAUGUGACUGAUAUGAAGGCAGAAGAUAUAGAGGGAGAAGAAGAGACGUAUGUGACUGAUAUAAAGGCAGAAGAUAUAGAGGGAGAAGAAGAGACGUAUGUGACUGAUAUGAAGGCAGAAGAUACAGAGGGAGAAGAAGAGACGUAUGUGAGGGGUGAUCAGCAGUGUAAGGAGGAGGAGAUCCCUACAGAUAUCAGCACAGCAGAUGGACACACAAGCAGGAAUAUCUCAGAAGGACAUCUAUUGUUAUCCCCGGAUUGUGACAUAAAAGAUGACAGUAGACAGGAUUCUCCAGCAUUUAACCCCAUUACCCCAAUUAUAUAUCCAGCUCUAUCAACUGAUCCCCCUGAUCCUGGGAAAUGUUCUCCUGAUCACUCUGAUAUUGGUGCAUCUGUUACAGCUUUGAGAGUAGAUACAGUGUUUCCCUGGUCUAUAGAUACCAAAUGUUUUACACAGAACACAAACCUUAUUACUCAUCAGCCAGCUAAGGCAGGUGAGAGGCCAUUUCCAUAUUCUGAGUGUGAGAAAUGUUUUACAUAUAAAUCAAAUCUUGUUACACAUAUGAGAAGUCACACAGGUGAGAAGCCGCAUUCCUGUUCUGAGUGUGGGAAAUGUUUUACACAGAAAUCAUCUCUUGUUACACAUCAGAGAAGUCACACAGGUGAGAGGCCGUAUUCCUGUUCUGAGUGUGGGAAAUGUUUUGCAUCGAAAUCAAAUCUUAUUAAACAUCAGAGAAGUCACACAGGUGAGAAACCGUAUUCCUGUUCUGAGUGUAGGAAAUGUUUUGCACAGAAAUCAGCUCUUGUUACACAUCAGAAAAGUCACACAGGUGAGAAGCCGUAUUCCUGUUCUGAGUGUGGAAAAUGUUUUGCAUCGAAAUCAUAUCUUGUUACACAUCAGAGUAGUCACACAGAUGAGAAGCCAUAUUCCUGUUCUGAGUGUGGGAAAUGUUUCACAAAGAAAUCAGCCCUUGUUACACAUCAGAGAAGUCACACAGGUGAGAGGCCAUAUUCCUGUUCUGAGUGUGGGAAAUGUUUUACACAGAAAUCAGAUCUUGUUACACAUAAGAGAAGUCACACAGGUGAGAAGCCGUAUUCCUGCUCUGAGUGUGGGAAAUGUUUUGCAUCGAAAUCAAAUCUUAUUAAACAUCAGAGAAGUCACACAGGUGAGAAACCGUAUUCCUGUUCUGAGUGUAGGAAAUGUUUUUUAUCUAAAUCAUAUCUUGUUAAACAUCAGAGAAGUCACACAGGUGAGAAACCGUAUUCCUGUUCUGAGUGUAGGAAAUGUUUUGCACGGAAAUCAGGUCUUGUUAUACAUCAGAGAAGUCACACAGGUGAGAAGCCGUAUUCCUGUUCUGAGUGUGGGAAAUGUUUUUUAUCUAAAUCAAAUCUUGUUAAACAUCAGAGAAGUCACACAGGUGAGAAGCCAUAUUCCUGUUCUGAGUGUGGGAAAUGUUUUACACAGAAAUCAUCUCUUGUUACACAUCAGAGAAGUCACACAGGUGAGAGGCCGUAUUCCUGUUCUGAGUGUGGGAAAUGUUUUAGACAGAAAUCAGAUCUUGUUACACAUCAGAGGAGUCACACAGGUGAGAAGCCAUUUUCAUGCUGUGAGAGAAAUAAAUCCGCUCUUGUUGAACAUAUUAGACAUUACCCAAGUACGGAACCAUUUAAAUCUUCUGGAGUAUAAUUAUCACUGCCAUGCAAUGUUCCUCAAGGGUCAAUCCUAUCUCCUAUGCUUUAUGCAAUAUACAGUCUGGUCCAUAUAUAUUGGGACAUCGACACAAUUCUCAUAUUUUGGGCUCUAUACACCACCACAAUGGAUUUGAAAUGAAACAAACAAGAUGUGCUUUAAAUGCAGACUUUCCGCUUUAAUUUGAGAGUAUUUACAUCUAAAUCAAGUGAACGGUGUAGGAAUUAAAAACGGUUUUUAUAUGUGCCUCCCACUUUUUAAGGGACCAAAAGUAAUGGUACAGACUAAACAAUCCUAAAUCAAACUUUUACUUUUUAAUACUUUGUUGCAAAUCCUUUUGUCAGUUACAGCCUGAAGUCUGGAACGCAUAGACAUCACCAGAUGCUGGGUUUCAUCCCUGGUGAUGCUCUGCCAGGCCUCUACUGCAAAUGUCUUCAGUUCCUACUUGUUCUUGGGGCAUUUUCCCUUCAGUUUUGUCUUCAUCAAGUGAAAUGCAUGCUCAAUCGGAUUCAGGUCAGGUGAUUGAAUUGGCCAUUGCAUAACA